CAUCACCUAGUCAAGUAACAAAGAAAAAAAGAGCAAGUCCUAAAACUGAGUUUGAUAAGAUUGAAGCAAAAGUCGAUAUUAUUCACAGAUAUGAAAACUACAUGAAAAAUAAAAAAAAUCCAUGGGUGAUUAGUGUCACAGAUGAAAAUAUAAAUGUUGUCGAAAAGCUCUACAAAAAACUUACUAUACAAAGACUCGAAGUUAUGGCAUUCAACAAUCUAUUUCUUUCGAUAAUUUUUGAUUUAGACAUAAUUGAUAAAUUUAUCACUAAAUGUUUUACACAUGAUGAGUUGUUAAAACUUUCAGAAGUUGAAGAUUUUAAUUUUCUUCCAUCAAAUAAAAUAAAAGCAUAUCGAAAGCUGAAUUUUCAAGCAACAAUUCAAUUAGAGGCAGAGAAAUCUGAAUUCAUAUAUGGGGAAGUUAGUGAACCCCCUUAUAAAACUAUUAGUACAAAAAUUGAAACUGAUAGAAGGAAGCUAAUUCGAUAUAUGAAGCGUAACAAAAGAGAACAGGAGGAGAAAUUUAUUAAAAUUUUGGAAUGA